CCCGCACCUCAAAUUCCUCACCAAACACUGACCUUGGAAAAAAAAGGAAGACGAAGAGAACGACGACACACGCCGACACGACGACGACAACGACGACAAUUCCACCCGCCCACCCUUUCGUCCCCUUCCCUCGUCCAGGUUGUUCAACGGCGUCCAAACCCACACAACGAAAACAUGUCCGACAGCGGGGAAGUCGAGGUCGAAAGCCCCAUGGGGUACCAAGUCCUGCCUAAGGAAGUUGCCGCUGAAAUCGGCAGCGUCAAGCUCUUCAACAAAUGGAGCUAUGAGGAUAUUGAGGUCCGGGAUAUGUCUUUGACCGACUACAUCCAAAUCCGCCAGCCCGUCUACAUCUCCCACUCCGCCGGACGAUAUGCUGUCAAGCGAUUCCGAAAGGCUCAAUGCCCCAUUAUUGAGCGACUCACCAACUCUCUGAUGAUGAACGGCCGUAACAACGGAAAGAAGCUCAUGGCUGUCCGCAUUGUUGCCCACACUUUCGAAAUCAUCCACAUCAUGACCGACCAAAACCCCAUCCAAGUCGCUGUCGACGCCAUCGUCAACUGCGGACCCAGAGAAGACAGCACCAGAAUUGGCUCCGCCGGUACCGUCCGUCGCCAGGCCGUCGACGUCUCCCCUCUCCGCCGCGUCAACCAGGCCAUUGCCCUCCUGACCAUUGGUGCCCGUGAGGCCGCUUUCCGCAACGUCAAGAGCAUCGCUGAGUGCCUUGCCGAAGAGCUGAUCAACGCCGCCAAGGGAAGCUCGAACUCGUACGCCAUCAAGAAGAAGGACGAGCUGGAGCGUGUGGCCAAGAGCAAUCGGUAAACGAUUUGCAAUUGGGGGCCGGGGGGGGUUAUUGCUGGUUGUGUUGUGGAGGGGCGUGCCGGGGAGGAUGUGGUGUUUCUUGUGUAUGUUCCGUGUGUGUGUGCGUUUAUUGCCAUAAUCUGCGGUGUUCGGUGGAUUUUAUUUCUCACGUUCAUCUGCGAUUUUUUUUUAACACAAAAGAAUUAAAAAAGGGACCCAAAUUUUUAUAUCUGGACUGGGUCUGUUGAAAGAACAGAAAUACUCCACAACGGGACAAUUUUUCUUUUCUUUUUGCUUAUUGUUCCUCUACGUAGUUGAAUGAAUCAUGAAGAAAUUUUUCUUUUGUCAAUUGAACAGGAAAAAGUCCGCCAUUUUCUCGAUUAGUCUGUUUACCCUAGGUCAGGCUGUCCUCGUUCACUGGGACGUUUGACAGCAUCACAUCAACUCCAAAUGCAACAAAACCACACGAAUGAAGCCAACAUGACAGGACAAGGAAAUAAAAUAGAGAACAGAAAAACGAUAGAGAACAGCGGAAUAAAAUCAAGAACCGAACUAAGUUCUCCUACCUCUUCAUAUCUGGAUUAAGCUGAAAAUCAGCUACUAUUCAUCUCAGGUUCCAGAUUCUAACAAAAUUUUAAUAUUCCAGUGACAUUUCAUGACGACAUUUAGAAAGUUAUAAGGUGUGAAUGUAUAUUACUAUCUCUAAGAAAAGCUCAUGAUCACGGUACUCUCAUAUCCUGAAGCCCAAUUUAUGCAUGUGUCC